AGAGACAGGUAAUGUAUAUUUUCUAAGUUUAUGUGUUUUGUAGCUUUCAGCUACAAGACUUUUGAAUUGUGACAAUCAUUGGUACUAUAUGAUUUUAUUUUUGAAAUCUAAAACUUCAUUUAAAUAUUGUAUUUAAAUAGAAAUGUCAUUAAGGACAUCCUGUCGUAAGCAACUAAACAGCAUUUUCAGACUAUUUUCAUGUAUUCGGAACGAUAACAAGAAGCAGUUUAUUUCAGAAUACAAAAGGUCAAUACAAAUGUACUGGCUGCCACAUCAGAAUAGGUUGGACUCAUCGACCACAAGGAGAAGACCAAAAUGCUUAAGAUCAACUCUAAUAACAACCAAUGGAGGAGGCACAGUCUUUCAUCUAGCUGGACAGUAUCAUGGACCAGCAAGGUGGAACCGAUGCAGAUGUCAAGGGAAAAGCUGGCAAAUCAAGAGCGACAUUCAACCAGCAUACAAACAUCUGGGCAUUGUUAUGGAUUCUGUGUUUUUUUCUAUCUCUUAUCUGCUUACACGCAUAAUCAUGUUUAUGUGUGACUGCCGCCAGUCGUACGUAAACAGACUGAAAGUGAUUAGACUAGCCUUUAGGGAGAGUACAGGUUGCAGAGAAUAAUAAAAGCUAAACUCGCGCUACAAUCUUUGCCUCACUUGGUUGCAUUCCUAAGAUGUGCUAAGUGACGCCCAGUGCUGGACGGUGAAUGUCACUCUGUAUCUGUUCCAUUUGUAUGACUAACAUGGCUUGUAACAUUUGAUCAUUUUUUGGCACUAAAGCCUGUUAUAUAUAUAUAUAUAUAUAUAUAUAUAUGUGUAUAUAUAUAUAUAUAUAUGUGUAUAUAUAUAUAAAACCAAAUCUCAUUAUUUCUCAAGGUAAUUUACACUGAGGGGUUCUGGUCGGGACCUGGAGCUGGUAAACAAACCUGGGUGGUGCACAGUGACAAAAAUGAAUGAACUCCAAGAGCAACCAAAGAGCUGACUGUUCAUUUCCAAAGUGAAACCUGGAGGACCAAAUAAAACCUCAAAUAGAACAACCUCGACACGUCAGAAAUUACAAAUUGAACAGGUACUGGUAAAUAUGGAGGGCAUUGUACAACGGGGUGUUAUGACCAUACUAAUAAAAAAUUUAAUUACCAGACUAAACUUCGUGUUACGACAAUUAAAUUGUACAAGAAUAAAGUUGAAGUAAUAUGAGAAUAAAGUUAUAUUUUGUGAAUAUAUAAUAUCACAAUAUUAAAGUCAAUAUCAUGGGAAUAAAGCCACAAUACUGUGAGAUUACAAAUUAAAUAAUGCAAAAAGAUAUAAUAGCAUGAGAAAAAAGUUUUAACUUUACAAAAAAUAAAGCAGUUAUGACUAUUCCCGUACAACAUUAUUCUUGUAAUAUUAUGACAUUAUUUUAUUUUACAUUUUCUUAGUGUGGCCCUAAUUUGACCUUAACAAAAGUUAGUUUGGUGUUCUUUUGAAUAUAUGUUACAACGGUCUGCCAUACACCCACCCGCUUCCCCAGCACAUGGGAUGUCUGGGAGGUGCUUCACAGCCGCUCCGCCUCCGAGACGUUUGGGAAGAAAGGAUCACAAUCAAGGGACUGUUCUUGAAGACGAUUUACCAGCAUCAAUAUAUUGAUCGUGUGCACGGAACUGAUACAACCUCACAAGUCCACGCGCUGUAGGAUUUCAGGAUCUGGAUGGUGUAAAUGCUCCGCGAUCUGUGCACCCUGGAGGGACGUUCAGCGCGUCAGAAAAUCAAGUUCUACCAAACGCCUUGUGUUUACACAGGAACCAUCCAAAGCCACGUUUUAGCAGGCAACCUUGAACGAAGUGCAGCACACAGUGCAGAAAACUUUUAGCUGUUUAUCCCAACAGAGGAGCGGAGCAGUGAAUCAGACUGCACGUAUGCGAUUACUUUAAACCCCUUGAGGGGAGAAACAAAAAGAAAAAGAAAAACAGUGCAUCGGAUACACUUUUGACAUUUGGAUAACAUGGAGAAUUGCAGCUGAUCGAGCACAUGUUGUGCAUGUAGCAGAGCCCCGUUGUUGCCACAAGAGCAUACAUUGUGGAACAUGGAAAUUGCUACAAAGUAAACCCAACGUCGUUUGGACUGGGGUUGCAGGGAAUGGUCCAAAAGGGAGAAUUUAGAAAGUGUUUUUAGUUACCCGUCGCUGUCUCGCUAGUUCUGUUCGGAAGAGUCUGCUGGGUCGACAUGGAGAGCCAGGAGGAGAAGGAGAGCAGGACGGACAAGCGCUUCGCCCUGACUUACGUCGGCUGGUGCUCGCUGGACAGGCGCACCACUCUGCCCAUGCUGCCGUGGCUGGUGGCCGAGAUCCGCAGGAGGAGCGAGAGGGGCGACUGCGGCCCCGUCAUGCAGCCCAGAGAAGUUCAGCUGCUGCUCAACUCCCCCUUCGUCCGCUGCGUCCCCUCCAACAGCAGCAAUUCGUCGGUCUUCAUCUUCGAGCACAAAGCUCAGCUGAUCUCGCGCUUCAUCCACAACAGCAAUGACCUCACUUGUUUUUCCUAUCUGCUGCGGGGCCAGCCGGACAACCCGGAGUCCGAGAUGUCCUGUCACGUCUUCAAGGCCUGCGACCCGAACCAGGUCCCAGAGGUAAUCAGUAGCAUUCGUCAAGUGUCCAAAUUGGCUCUGAAGGAAGACGCCAAACCCAAACAGGAAGCCGACGAGGCGUUCUACAACUCUCAGAAGUUUGAAGUGCUUUACUGUGGCAAGGUUACUGUGGGCCACAAGAAAGCUUCGUCGACCCUCAUUGAUGACUGCGUGGAAAAAUUUCGCCAACACGAGACUGAACGUAAGCGCCUGAGACUUCUCAACGGUCAGCGAGGGUCUACAGAAACCAUCCCAGUGGAUUUGCUCAUUGCUGGAGAUGGAGACCCGCUUUACACUGCCCUCAGCAGAACUACAGAGGAACCGGAAGCUCCAGGACUAGAAGACCUGAUCACAGGUAAAUGUCUGCCCAGCAGUGCCAGUCAGAGCAGUCUGCGAGGAUCCUUCCCCGAGUGCAUCCUGGAGGACUCUGGGUUUGAGGAACCUCAGGAGUUUCGCACGCGCUGCAGCAGCCUGGCUGGAAGCCUGCAGAGGAAGCCGGGGGAGGGAGUCAUCAUGGGCCCCACGCGUCGCAGACACGCCAGUGCGCCAAACAACGUCCAGCCGUCCGAUUCCGACAAGAACCGCACUAUGCUGUUCCAGGUUGGACGUUUUGAAGUGAACCUUAUUAGUCCAGACAGUAAAACAGUGGUGCUGGAAAAGAACUUCAAAGAUAUCUCAUCCUGCUGUCAGGGCGUCAAGCAGACCGAUCAUUUUGGAUUCAUCUGCAGGGACCAGUCGGAGUCUGGUCCCAGUCAGUACAUGUGCUACGUCUUCCAGUGCGCCAGUGAGUCGUUGGUUGACGAGGUAAUGCUGACCCUGAAGCAGGCCUUCUCCACCGCCGCAGCCUUACAGAGCAGCAAGACCCCGGUGCAGCUCUGCGAAGCGUGCCCCAUGCACGACCUGCACAAGCUCUGCGAGAGGAUUGAGGGUCUUUAUCCACCCCGAGCGAAGCUAGCAAUCCAAAAAUACCUCUCCCUGUUGACCGAUAAUGAGCAGGCAGAGAUUUUCGAGCGAGUUCAAAGACUGAAGCCUGGGUCUGACCAAGAGGAGAAUGAGUUGGCGAUUAUGUACCUAAGGCAGCUCUGCGAAAGCAAGCAGAAAUCUCAUCUUCAUAUCGGAGAAACCCCUCAGAAUGCAGCAAGCAGCACAGCUGCAGGAGACAGCUCAGCCACCGGCAGUCGAUUCAAACUUGAUAUUCUCAAGAAUAAAGCCCGCACAUCCCUCACCAGCUCUCUGGAAAACAUCUUUGCAAGGGGUGCCAGCAGAAUGCGGGGCCGCUUGGGAAGCAUGGGAAGCAUUAGCAGUUUCGAAAGACAGGAUGAGGAGUCUCCUGGUCACUCCCCGCCAGGUUCGCCUCCCGCCUUCCCGGACGACGAGCUGGAAUCCGGGCCGCAGUUCCGUCGGCGUGCACACACCUUCAGCCACCCGCCGGUGAGGAAGCGCAUCUCCUUCGAGAGCCAGCCGGCCAACCAGACCAAACAGGCUCCGCUCCGCAGGCAGCACUCCAUCAACCCAGAGCUGCUGCAGACCAGUCACGUGUCCCGAACACGCAGCAUUUCAGAGGGGGAGUCCUCCUUCAGCCUCCCCUCCACCUUCUCCGCUCCCACUUUCCUGAAAAGCUUUUACCAGGGUUCGCUGGGCUCCCUGACGGACAGUGGGAGCUUCAAGAGCAAUGGAGAAGGCAGGAAAAGGACGCUGUCAAGCUGCAGCAAUGACUCUCUGAGCGGAGGUCUCCCUCUGACCCCACGCAGGGUCUCCUGGAGACAGAAGAUCUUCCUGCGGGUCGCCUCGCCCAUGAACAGGCCAUCUGCAUCUAUGCAGGACACAGACGGCUCUGAUGCCACGGAGCUGCUGCCUCUGUCUCCUCGUGCCUCGGACCCGGGUCUGGACCCUCUGAGGCGCCUUUUAUCCCCGGCAUCUGAUCAGCCGGCCGAUAAGAAGCCCAAGAAGACAGGAGCCGAUUACAGAGCUCUCUGGAAAACUGCCAUCCGCCAGCAGAUCCUCCUGCUGCGCAUGGAAAAGGAGAAUCAGAGGCUGGAAGAAGCGAGUCGAGAUGAGCUGCACAUCCGCAAAACGAAGCUCAACUACCAGGAAGUGUGUACCUGCUCCAAGGAAGCUCAGGCGCUCUGGGAGAGAAAACUAACAGCUCCAGGCAGAACCACUAACCCGCAGGACAAGGAGGACAUAUACAGAGCCGUCUGCCAGGGAGUUCCAAAGAGCAGACGCGGGGAGGUCUGGCUACUCCUUUCCCAUCAGCAUCGGCUGCAGCACAGACUGCCCCAGCGCCAGCAAGCUCCAGACACCCCCUACUACGACCUGCUGAAGCAGCUCACCGCACAGCAGCACGCCAUUCUGGUGGACUUAGGCCGGACCUUCCCCACCCACCAGUACUUCUCAGCCCAGCUUGGAGCAGGUCAACUUUCCCUCUACAAUUUGCUGAAGGCUUACUCUCUGAUGGACACAGAGGUUGGCUACUGCCAGGGCAUCAGCUUUGUGGCCGGAGUGCUGCUGCUCCACAUGAGGGAAGAGCAAGCUUUCGACAUGUUGAAAUUCCUGAUGUACGACCUGGGCAUCAGGCGGCAGUACCGACCCGACAUGGUUUCACUGCAGAUUCAUAUGUACCAGCUCUCCAGGCUCCUGCACGACUACCACCGGGACCUUUACAAUCACCUGGAGGAGCACGAGAUCGGGCCCAGCCUCUACGCCGCGCCUUGGUUCCUCACCCUCUUCGCCUCACAGUUCCCCCUUGGCUUCGUGUCCCGCAUCUUUGAUUUAGUGUUUGUGCAGGGCACUGAGGUGAUCUUUAAAGUGGCCCUCUGUCUGCUGAGCAGCCAUGAGAGGGAGAUAGUGGAAUGCGACAGCUUUGAGAGCAUCGUGGACUACCUGAAAACUACACUCCCCACGCUCACACAAACACAGAUGGAGCAGACCAUUACCAAGGUUAUGGAGAUGGACAUCUCCAAGCAGCUGCAUGCAUAUGAAGUCGAGUACCACGUCCUGCAGGAUGAGAUGUUGGACGCCGGGCCGCCACCCGACGACGCGGAGCGCCUCGACAAAUUAGAGAAGGCGAACGUGCAGCUGAAGAAACAGAACAUGGAUCUGCUGGAAAAACUUCAAGCUGCAAGACAGAAGAUUCAGACUCUGGAGACGAGCGUGGAGAACUUCCUCUCUCGGGAGAGCAAAAUGAAGCACAUGAUUCGCUCCCUGGAGCAAGAGAGGACAGCCUACCAGAGGACCCUUGAGCGCAUGCGCUCCAGCCUUCCCCCCGACGCCCUGACAGAUGUGGAGAUGACCCAGAUCAAAACAGGACCCAACGGGAAAGCCAAAACCGCAGCCAAGAAGCCCUGAUGGCAACAGGAGGGAGUAGGUGGGGAUGGAGGGACGCGGCGGAGGGGGGAGUGGAGGCGGGUUGGCUGCGUUUGGGCAGAUGCAGCGACUCAAAUCCACAAACUGUCAAGUGACGACUGCUCAGUGGUGGGAAGCCGACGAGUUCCACUUCACUUCUGUGAUGAAGUGUGGUUGCGUUUUGUAAAUGUUUGAAGUCAUGAGACAGACAGACUGCAUGGGGAAACAUCUUGGUUGUGUUUGAUGAGCAGAUAAAAAAGAGCGGUGGGAGGAUGGUUUCAGGGUUUCCAUAGCGGAGGAAAGCCAGUGUUUCUCUCAUCUGAUUCACGACCGGUUAGGAGGUAGCAUCAAUGGCCGCACCGACCUGCAAUGGUCGGAUGUUUGGCUCUAUUCAUGGGGGAAUUUCCUUGUUCGCACUGCCUGGAUGUGAGUAACUCCACAGAAGCUGCCUGUUGAGACAUCAUUUAUUUCAGACCUUGUGAGGUCUAUUUACAGCCAUUACCAGUGUCUAAUCGGGGGAGCAUUUUGUUGUUCUUUUACACUUUUGUCUCCAAUGAAAGCUUCGCUUUAUUACAUUUUAAUCUCUCUGAGCUUUUAUGAAUGUAACGUCUCCUCGUAGGUCGUUCUAAUCGCGUUCAUUCUCUUGCCGCGGAGGUCGGUGUUACUCUUCAGCAGAACUGGAGUGCCGCAACGCUAGAGAUCGUUCAGAGUGCCGUUUUCUCAGGAAACGUCUCUUCCAGAUCUCAGGCAGGAAGUGAGGUCGCCUGCCUCCUCGGCUUCCUGUAAGACGCCGGCCGCGCCAGUCGUCUUUCUUUUAGCACCGCCUUCAGACUCCGAGGCAGAGCUCGCGCUCCCCGGGAGGCGCAGACUAAACAGGCUGAGGUGGAGACGGGAUCUGAAUGUACACGCUGCUGCACUUAAAAAACAAAAGAAAAAGCUCUGCGAGGCACUACCGCUUUAGCUUCUGCAGCGCCUCUCAGAAGUAUUCAUAGCUGUCGAACUGUUUCACAUUGUCUUAGUGACAACUACAAUGUAUUUUUUCAUGGUUUAAUUUGACAUAUCAAUGCAGUUUGCAUAUAAUUGUGAUUUAGAAGGAAAUUGAAGCAUUCACCCAUCCAACUCUCCUCCCUUGUCCUGGGAGGGCUGCAGGGUGGAGUGUUGGGCGUUUGGUACUGGUGGUAUUGGGAGAGAGUGACACACAGGACAGACAAUUGACAUUUGACCUAACAGUCACGAUUUUGGACUGAGAGGAAGCUGGAGGACCUGGAUAGAAUCCACCUAUGCACAAAGAGAACAUACAAACAUACAGAGAGCAAAACCCCUCCAAACUGGAAACCAUCUUGCAGAAAGUCAAAUGUGCCAUUUGACAGAAAAAAAGUGUGGCUGCAAAAACACAAAAUCUUGCCAAGUAUUGUAGUCUGGUCUAGUUUCUAGUGCAAAUGUCUUAGUCCACUUGAUAUAAGACACAAUUAACUUACGAGCAACUUUACAGCAAUAUAUAGGAGCUUGUUUUAAGACAAUAAUUCCCCAAUAUUGACAAAAACGUAUUAAUUACACAAGCAGAUUAUUUCACUUAUAAUAAGACAUUUUUCUAACGUUAUAAGUCAAAUAAUAUGUCACUGGAACAAAUAUUGAGGAAUUAUUGACUUAAAAUAAACUUCUAUAUCUCGCUAAAAAAAUGUUGUAAGAUAGUUUUAUCACAUUUCAAGGGUACUGAGAUACUUGCACUAGAAAUUAGACCAAAAAUACUUUGUGAGAUUUUGUGUUUUUGCAGUGUGGACUUUGUUUACUCUGAUACCACUAAAUAAAUUGUGGUACAGCCAAUUCCCUUCAGAAUCACAUAAUUAACUAUCUGUAGUUUAUCAAAUAUGUAGCACAUUUUCUAGAUUUUUAUAAAUAAGCAAUUUUAACAUUCACUUCCAAAUUACCCUCUACGCUGGGUUGGUCUGUGAUCUAAAAUCUGUAUGAUAAAUUGAAUAAAUUGUAGUUGUAACAUGACGGAGCACAGAAAUGUUUGCUGGGGAUGAAUACUUUUGAAAGGCACUUUAUUGUGCUCAAGAUUUCAAUUAGAUACGGUGUUGUCUGUGCACAAUGUCCAAAACUGGAGAGUUUAGUUUAGCAGAGAAAUAAGAAAGAAGCUAAAAUGAGCCUGAGGGGACUUGAGUUGCCCUCUCAACGAUAAUGAGUCUUGGAUUUUAUAUGCCCCAUCUACACACACACACACACACAUGCACACUGCAGUGAAGUGGUUGACUGUAUGGACAGACUGUUCAUAUGCUUUAAAAGCUCUGUCCCUGGCUCCCUCUUUGAUUUUGUUUUCUCCCACCUCCAGGUCUGAAUCAUCACUUUUUAUUCAAGUGAAAACUCGUCCUCGUCCUUAAAAGGUGUGUGUGUGUGUGUGUGUGUGUGGGGUGGGGGGGACUCUUUACAAUUAAAUUAGGGUGACUUCUAUCGUGAAACAAGAGGGUGUUCAUCAGUCGUCCUGCCCUUGGAGACAAGUAACAUAUUUGUGUUGGUUUGAGUGUAAAGUUUUUAUUCUGUUACUUCGGUCCCAGAAGAUGUAUGGUAAUGGCAGCCAGUGCAAUAUGUUUGUUUAUCAAUCAUACGCACGUCUUUACAUGCGAGUGAUAUCAGCUAAUUCGCAUAAAGUGUUUUUAGCUGUCAUGUAAAUAAGGCCGUAAGUUCCCGGCUAAAACUAAUGACUCAUUUGUUGGUUGAGUUGUUAUUGAAAAAUGAGCUGCAUGGAUUUACCCCGCAAAACAUAUCAAAUGGCUCUUUUU